AUGCCUCAAGUCUCUCAGCUUCCGCCGCCGUACUCGCGAGACUGGGUCUCCUUCCCUCCACCGCUUCAGGGCGAUGUAGAUCAUUGCGCCUGGGCAUUCCAGCUGGCCUUCGAGAACGCACGCGAACUUGUGAGGUGGACUAUUCUGAAGACGUUCAAAGAGUGGCGCGGGGACUGGGCCUUGAGAGGCAAGGAUGUGAUGAGGGCGGAUGUUCAACGAUCAUACAGCCUAGCGCCUGAAGACCUGAAACUAGCCGUUGACUGGCAGGUCAAAUGGGACAUACCUAUGAUCAUGCAGAAUGACAACGCCCGUCGUUGGCAUGAGCAUGUUCGUCGGAAGGAAGCUGGAACAUACGAGGAAGUCUUGGCGCCGAAAAAGUUCGAGCAAGAGUUCGAGGCUGCUUCCCCGGAGGUACAGCGCGCUGUCUUGCACACGUUUUCCACCUGGAAAUGGUUUCACGAACAUGUUGUGAUCGACUCUCCUCAGCGCCGUGAACUCAUACCCGCGUAUAUGUCCGCCCCUCGGCCCUUGCAGGCUGUACUCUGUUUCGUAGUGGAAAUGGCACUCGAUACACCCCUCCAACGUCCUCAGGAUGUUGACAGUUUCGUAGCAGACGUACAGGAGGUCGUUGAUGAACAAAGGAUUGAGGCGAAGCGCUGGAAUAUACGAGCAACGUUCCAUUCCUCAAAUCAGAUUACCCGACAUGCCAUAUACCGCAAACAGUAUCGUUAG